AUGAUGCGGGAGCUCGGCGUCCUCCUGGCCGCAGUCGCCCUGGCCGCGGUUUUGCAGGGCACAGCGGCGCAGAAUGGCAAUGACAAUGGGGCUUACAACUACGGGACUAACAAUGGAGGCAACAAUGGAAACACGAACACGAACGGCCUGGCCAACGGCAACGGCAAUGGGAACUACAAUGGAAAUGGAGGCGCGAACUACCAGGGCUACCUGAACGGCAUCAGCAACAUUGGCGCCGGCAAUGCCAAUGGCAACGGCAACACCGGCCUGGACAAUGGAAUCGCGAACGGCAACUACAACGCGAACGGAGCCAACACCGGCAACGGCAAUGGCAACAACAACGUGGGCCUGGUAAACGGAAUCGGCAACGGCAACUUCAACGGCAAGGAUGUCACGAACGUUGGCAACAACAAUGGCAACGGCAACUUGGGGGUUGCCAACGGGGUCGGGAACGGCAACUUUCUCGAUGGCACAAGCAACGUGGGAAACAACAAUGGAAAUGGCAAUCUGGGGUCCGGCAACGGGAAUGGGAAUGGAAACGGCCUCCGGGGGACGGCCGGCACCGGGAGCGGGAAUGCGAACGGCGUGCCGCAGUUUCCGCCCGGCUUCCAGAGCUCCGGCAACGGCAACACCAACGGGAACGGCAACGGGCAGCCCAGCGGCGGCGGCACGGGCGAUCCGAUAAUGACGGGCUUUGACGGCCGCGUGUUUGAAUUCCUGGGAGUCCCUGAGGCAUUCUACAACAUCAUCUCCGAGCGCCACCACCAGGUGUCUACCAAGCUGAAGCUGGGCGAGCUGUGGGACCACAAUGGUACCUACAUGGAGGGCUUUGGUUUCCAGUACAGAGACCACGGCGUCAUCAUGGAAUUGGACUCUCAAGACGAGCUCACAGUGACUGUCAAUGGCGAGCAGUUGAUUAUGACCAAGGGAGAGACUGAGCUGGAGAUGAUCCCCUACGUGGAGGGCGGAGAGCUGGUCAUUGUGUGGCAGAAGCACCGCGAGGGCCUCGGCAACACCAUCGAAAUCACCACUGAGCUUCUUCAGGUGAUUGUCUGGGUGACCCCCGCUGGCACAGUGGAUGAGGGCGGCAAGGAGCAGCCAGCCUACCUCAACUUUGACGUUGCUCUGCUCGGCCCUCCCGCCGGCAGCGAGAUGCAGGGCAUCGUGGGCGAGACGUACAACCGCAUGCUGGCCGGGGAGGCAGUGAAGGACCCCAACAAUCCCCUGUACCUUGAGGAUGACUACCAGUUCCACGGCAAGGGCUCGGAGGCGGAUUACCAGGUGGGGGGCUAUUUUGGCGAGCAUGCAUACAGCCUAUUUGGGAAGGACCGGAAGCGCGUACUAAUCGAGACGGACGGUGACGAUGCGGGCGCCCUAGUGGCUUACCCCCUACGCGCCUCCGGCCGCCCCGGGGCGCGCCAGCUGGCGGCUAUUAGUGUCAAUCUACCAGCCGCCAACCUUGGCAACCGCCGCAUGCUGAGCUCUUGGGUCUUGACGUUGGAUAUCUGAACUCCCUACUAUUUAGUAAACCCUGAUCCUCGCAGCUCAAAGACCCGGCUGGACUGAGGCGUUGCCUCCCGGCC